GGCGUGGGUUUAGGGUUUUACUGAGAGGGGGAGAAGAAGAAGAAGCAGAAAGGAUGAGUAGAAGCUUGGGAAUUCCGGUGAAGCUGCUUCAUGAAGCUGCAGGGCAUGUGGUUACAGUGGAGCUCAAGAGUGGAGAACUCUACAGAGGAAGCAUGAUCGAAUGCGAAGACAACUGGAAUUGCCAACUCGAAAACAUCACCUUCACCGCUAAGGAUGGAAAGGUUUCUCAACUUGAGCAUGUCUUUAUCCGUGGUAGCAAAGUCAGGUUCAUGGUCAUUCCAGAUAUGCUGAAGAAUGCUCCAAUGUUCAAGCGUCUUGAUGCUAGAGUUAAGGGCAAGGGCUCAGCUCUUGGAGUUGGCCGUGGUCGUGCUGUUGCGAUGCGAGCAAGAGCUCAGGCUGCUGGCCGUGGUGCACCACCUGGUAGGGGAGUUGCACCUCCUGGGCGGAGGUAAUCUCAGUCUGGAUGAGAUUCUGUCAAUUUGCUGUCAGAGGAUUUUCAUGCCAUAGUUAUCAUUUCCAAUGUUUGUUUUUUUUCGGGGAAAGGAUCUAUCUCAAUGACCUAAGAAUACGGAUAUAUGUGACGGUUUCAUUCGUAGCAAAUGUCUUGUAUUAUCUUGUCUGAUGUAAUAUCUGGAAUCUAGUAGCAGUAAUCUUCAAUUUGGGAUUGACUUUGUCCCCACGUUUGUAAGGUCCAGAAACAUCACUUUGCCAUUAAACAAGCAAACUGUUCUGAGAUUUUUUAUCAGUCAUUUAUUGUAUUGCCUUUA